GUGACUCCCGGGCUGGCCAGGCGGCCCGGCUGCUCUGUCUCGGAGUCGGUCGGCGGCGCCUCUUCGGAGCCCGAUGGAGCCGCCAGCCUCGCGCCGCUCAGCUCGGUGGCUUUUUUGGAAACUUGCAAAUGUUUUCGUAGAGAAAGAGGGGGAGGGGAGAGAGCGAGCGAGGGAGUGACCGAAACCGAGCUUGGGGCCGCUGGAAGAACGGAGGCCAAGGCCGGGGGAGCUGGAGACGGACUGACAGACAGGCUGACAGAGCGUCGGGGCCGCAAGCGCGCUCUUGCCGCGCGGGCGCAGGCGGGACUCGGACAGAGGAUGGGGCGGGGGUGCGCGAGGCGGCGGGCCGGGGAUGAGGAUCUGAGGGGGCCGAGGGACCGAGGGGCCGGGAGCUGGCGCUCAGAACACCGAAGGGUUCAGUGUCGUUGCAAACUUGGGAUCGCGUCCCCUAGCUGCACGCCCCGCGCGGCUCAAAACUCGGCCCCUGCCCCGCCCCAAGUCCCCUACUGCGGACCGCCGCGGAGCUAAAAAUAACAGCCCUGUUCGCCCCCCGCAGACCGCGACCCCGACCCCUCCCCCGCCCCUCCCCCAUUGGGCGUGGGGCGAAGCCACAGCUCCCAGUUUCCCCAAAGGGGAAAAAAAAGAAAGAAAGAAAGAGAGAAAGAAAGAAAAGGCGGCGCGGGAGGGGGGCGAGGGGCGGGCCGGGGGCGGGGGGCCCGGCCAUAUGGAUGUGAUUUCUCCGCUCCGAGGCAGACGGGCCGCUCCGCAGCGCUCGGCGCCCGCCCGCCGCCCGCCGGCCUCAGGCUGCCUCCUCCCUCCCUCCCUCCCUCCCUCUCUCCUUUGCGCUCGCUCACUCGCUCGCCCUCGGCGCAUGGGCCCCGCGCCGGGCCCCGGGGCCUCGGGCCGCCCGGACGCCGGGGUCCCCUAGGCCGGGACGUGGGCGGGGCGGCCCGGCCUGACGCUGCUCUGCACCCCCCAACCACCACCAGGGCCCGCGGCGGCUGCCCCGAGGGACGCGGCCCUAGGCGGUGGCGAUGGGGGCCGCCCGGAUCGCACCCGGCCUGGCGCUGCUGCUCUGCUGCCCGGUGCUCAGCUCCGCAUACGCACUGGUGGACGCGGAUGAUGUCUUCACCAAGGAGGAACAGAUAUUCCUGCUGCACCGUGCCCAGGCUCAGUGUGACAAGCUGCUCAAGGAAGUCCUGCGGACUGCAGCCAACAUAAUGGAAUCAGACAAGGGAUGGACAUCUGCAUCCACAUCAGGGAAGCCCAGGAAAGAGAAGGCAUCUGGAAAGCUCUACCCUGAGUCCAAGGAGGACAAGGAGGUGGCCACUGGCAGCAGGCGCCGAGGACGCCCCUGCCUGCCUGAGUGGGACUACAUCGUAUGCUGGCCCCUGGGGGCACCAGGUGAGGUGGUGGCUGUGCCUUGUCCUGACUACAUUUAUGACUUCAAUCACAAAGGCCAUGCCUACCGGCGCUGCGACCGAAAUGGCAGCUGGGAAGUGGUGCCUGGGCACAAUCGAACAUGGGCCAACUAUAGCGAGUGCCUCAAGUUCAUGACCAAUGAGACUCGAGAACGGGAGGUAUUCGACCGCCUGGGCAUGAUCUACACCGUGGGCUACUCCAUGUCCCUGGCCUCCCUCACCGUGGCUGUGCUCAUCCUGGCGUACUUUAGGCGGCUGCACUGCACACGCAACUACAUCCACAUGCACAUGUUCCUGUCCUUCAUGCUGCGCGCUGCGAGCAUCUUCGUCAAGGACGCUGUGCUCUACUCUGGCUUCACGCUCGACGAGGCCGAGCGCCUCACUGAGGAAGAGCUGCACAUCAUCGCCCAGGCGCCCCCGCCGCCCGCCGCCGCGGCCGUCGGCUACGCGGGCUGCCGGGUGGCUGUGACCUUCUUCCUUUACUUCCUGGCCACCAACUACUACUGGAUUCUGGUGGAGGGGCUGUACCUGCACAGCCUUAUCUUCAUGGCCUUCUUCUCAGAGAAGAAGUACCUGUGGGGCUUCACAGUCUUCGGCUGGGGUUUGCCCGCCGUCUUCGUGGCUGUGUGGGUUGGUGUCAGAGCUACCCUGGCCAACACUGGGUGCUGGGACUUGAGCUCUGGACACAAGAAGUGGAUCAUCCAGGUGCCCAUCCUGGCCUCCGUUGUGCUCAACUUCAUCCUCUUCAUCAACAUCAUCCGGGUACUUGCCACAAAGUUGCGGGAGACCAAUGCUGGCCGGUGUGACACACGGCAACAAUACCGGAAGCUGCUCAAGUCCACCCUGGUGCUCAUGCCACUCUUCGGCGUGCACUACACCGUCUUCAUGGCCUUGCCUUACACGGAGGUCUCAGGGACACUCUGGCAAAUCCAGAUGCACUACGAGAUGCUCUUCAACUCCUUCCAGGGAUUUUUUGUCGCCAUCAUAUACUGUUUCUGCAAUGGUGAGGUACAGGCUGAGAUCAAGAAAUCUUGGAGCCGCUGGACACUGGCACUGGACUUCAAGCGCAAGGCACGCAGUGGGAGCAGCAGCUACAGCUAUGGCCCAAUGGUGUCUCACACAAGUGUGACCAAUGUAGGUCCCCGCACAGGACUCGGUCUGCCCCUCAGCCCCCGCCUGCUACCUGCCGCCACCACCAAUGGCCACUCCCAGCUGCCUGGCCAUGCCAAGCCAGGGGCCCCAGUCCUUGAGACCCUCGAUACCACACCAACUGCCACGGCUGCUCCCAAGGAGGAUGGAUUCCUCAAUGGCUCCUGCUCAGGCCUGGACGAGGAGGCCUCUGGGCCUGAGCGGCCACCCCCACUGCUACAGGAAGAGUGGGAGACAGUCAUGUGACUGGACAUCAGGGCUUGGACCUGUGGACAUGGGUGGAUGAACAGAUGGACCAAGAGAACAGUUGUUGGAUGGGUGCCCAUUCAGGGCUGGACCAGGAGGAAAAUGGGGGC